AGGCCUUGGUGGGUCAGUUUAUAAUUAACCACUAGAUUUUCUUCUGAUUAAACAGACAUGGGUUUCUCUUACGAGGACUUAACCAUUACCGGGGAGAAAUAUUUGCCUACCCGAUGUUUCUACAAAAAGAAAUGUCCAAGAAGGCAAAUGUUACAUUCUUUUGCAUGGAUGUUACUUGCAGGUACUGGCCAUACCUUAACAAACUAGCAGAGGGGUUACCAGAGCUUCUGCCCUUGACGGACAUGAGGCCAUUUCUUAGCGUCAUGCACGCUAAAGCCCAUACAGCAAAAUGCGAGGUGAGAUGGGGUGGCAGAAGCCAGGAUGGAGCAGGAAACACAGUGGGAGAGGAAGUGGAGCAGGUGAACAGCUUUCUUUCCAGGGCAGCUCUUGUCACAAAAUAUAUGACAAAAGCAGGAAGAGUCAACAUGCUAACCCAACAGGCCAUGGGUUGGAACCGAAGAAAGAGGGAUAACCUUCAUCAAGCGUUAGCCCACAGAUACAUCAAAAUCACAGAUAGGGUAGAGGUGGAAGCUGUCAACCUCAGGAGCAUCAAGCAGCAGCACAACCUGGAUCAGGAGACCACAGAGCAGUGGGUGUGUGAUGUCAGGCAGUGGGCAUUAACAGACAGAGUCUACACUCCAGGGUGCACUGAAGACCUCAGGGCUGAAAUUGAAAACUUAACAGUAACCCUUUUGCGCAAGAAGCAAGACCUGUAUUGUCAGCAUGAUAGCAACCAGACAAGACAGAGAAAAAGAGACAAUGACACAGCUGAAGAUGAAGCUUCGUGAUCUGGUCUCGCAGUACAACGUCACCGUGGAAACAGAUCAGAUUGACGAGGAGUUGGCGUGCAGUCUGACAGAGGGCUA